GUUGCUGUAGCACUCUUCAAAUUUAGAAAAGCUGCAGUCACACAACUAUUAGCCACAUCAAGGGCAAUUUAAUCCGCGGAAGAAAAUAUAUUUAGGAGAGAAGUAGUGAACAAAUGUGCAUUCGCUAAUUUCCAAGCGCAUCCCCACGUCAAUACCAUUCUUGUCCAGCGAACGGUAUUCCGGGUGGCGACUGAGGUGCCUCGAUGCUGCUCAAUAGUCAUAACCCGACAAUAUUUACAAAGACUUAAGAAAUUUGUAUUGAUCUUUCUGAGUAUGGCAUGGCCUUCCUGGGAACUAGGGACCACUAAGCUAUGAAGCUCUUCCCUUCCAGACCUUCCCUGCUCUCCUUCUCCAGUUACUGUCACUUCAUGAGCCUUACCCACUGCUGCUCUCACAACCAUCAUCUCUGCCCAGCCUGGUACUAACAGCGUGGCUCAGACUCACUUCAACACAAAGAAGAAAAAAAAACCCUCCGCAGCUGCCAUCCAGACACACAUGGUGCAUAGCUGCCAUUCCCCAGGCUCCCUCCAUCCCCGCGGCCUGACCUCUAGCUAGCUCCUCGCACCCAUCACACAGCCUAGCCCACGGCCUGCCCAAGGGAUAUAAAUAGGCUACAUCAAUCCAGUGUGUGGAGCCUGCUCUUGUGUUGCCUUUUUUCCAGGGCACACACGCCCGGUGGGGGUCACACCCAUUUGUUUUCGGCCUUCCCACUGCCUGGAUCAGUGGAAGCUAGUGGUGGGACCGAAGAGGGAGAGACGAGGCCGAGACCAUGGAGGUCAAUAUGGAGUACUGUCUGGCACAGGUGGUGCAGAAAGACCUGGGGAGGAAGGUGCAGGUGGGACAGGAGCUCAUAGAUUACAUCCUGGAUAAGGAUAGGUCCCAGGAUCUGGAGCAAGACCAGACAGGUCUGGACAGGAUGGUGGACAGCAUUGCUACCACCUGGGUCAACUGUUCCAACUUCAAGGUGGCUUUACUUGGAAUAGACCUUUUAUCUGUCCUAGUGACAAGGUUACAGGACCGAUUUAGGAACCAUGUGGGAACAGUCAGAGACCAUCAAAUCCUGCUGCUGAAGAUCAUGGAGCAGGCUGCCACCCUCUACGUAGGUUUUGAUUCCUGA